AUGUCGACAGGAGGAAUUCAAACAAAAGGUGUGCCAUCCACAUCAAUUCGCACCCACACCGAGGUCUCCACCAAUGGCGGUGCUAGCUUUUCCACAGACACCCCCACUUACAACACUGAGACCCCCACCAAAAAGAGUUUGUCCACUGUGACCUCUACCACGACCCUGGCUUAUCAGACUACUUUAGUUGAUGCAUCCAUUGGGGUACGUAAGAGACAGAUGUCGACAGGAGGAAUUGAAACAAAAGGUGUGCCAUCCACAUCAAUUCGCACCCACACCGAGGUCUCCACCAAUGGCGGUUCUAGCUUUUCCACAGACACCCCCACUUACAACACUGAGACCCCCACCAAAACAAGUUUGUCCACUGGGACCUCUACCAUGACCCUGGCUUAUCAGACUACUUUAGUUGAUGCAUCCAUUAGGGUACCUAAGAGACAGAUGUCGACAGGAGGAAUUCAAACAAAAGGUACAUCAUCUAACUCUUGCCCUCUCUCUUUAUCUAUCUCUACCCAUAAAAAUUUCAAAAAAAAAAACAAAACAGUCAACUUAGAUUUAUUUUAUUUCACAGACACCCCCACUUAUACCACCAAAAAGAGUUUGUCCACUGGGACCUCUACCAUGACCCUGGCAUAUCAGACUAUUUUAGAUGAUGAUUCCAAAAAGCAAGACAACCUCUUCAUGGACCCCGAGUGGAAAGGAAUGUUGGUGUGGUCAAUCUUGAUGACCAUUCUCAUCAUACUAAUAUUGCUGAAAAGAUGGUUGCAAGCAAAAUGUCGAAAUUGUGCACAUACCCGACCUGAACAACUAGCUACCACUGAACAACCAGCUACAAUACCUUCAGCAACAUCAACACCAGCACCAACUUCCUCACCAGAAAUUGUACACCUAAACCCAGCAUUCUCUCCGUUGUCAUUCACUCCUCCUUCCUUGGCCACGACCCCAAGCACCAUAACCUCAACCCCACCAGACACUGCACAAUGCUUAACUUCAGCACUCACGAGUCGGUCAACUCCACCCGCUUCACCAGCUGAAAGCAUAGAAAUGCAAACCCCGCCAUCACUUGCCACAACCCCUGAAACACCAUCCACGGUGACCUCAACCAAACCUCUGCUAAGUCAAACAUCAGUCUCUGACAACACAAGGUCCAAGACGGCAAAGAGGCAACUUAACUUGUAAAAAAACUGUAUAUGUGCUAAGGGAAAAACUUUCAUUUACUACAUGUAGUAAGUCAAACAGAAAUGUAUGUAAAAGAAAGUAGAUUUGUUUUUAUUUUAAUUUUACAACACGUGUUUGCUAAAAAGGUUUUAACAUGUGAAAUGUGCCAGUACACACUUUUUGAUGGAUAUAUAUUAUUAUCAAAAUAGUUUUAUUAUUGUUAUUUUGAUUACCAAUUGUGAAUCAA